ACUUUCACUGAAGUGCUCUGAAAAAAGUGAGAAAAAUCGUAAAAUACAAAGAAAAUCUAUGAAAAACUGCGAAAAUUAGAGUGCACUCACCUAGAGAGGUGUCUCAUCUACCGUUAAAAGCUGAAAAUUAUGUCUAAUUUAUAUUCGUCUUACUUUUAAAAGCAAUUUCUUCAAUUUUGGUGUUCUACAAUACAGAAAAUCAACAGCACAAACUUGAACAAAAAUUUACCUAGCGAAGAGAGAUGAUUCGUAAUACGGCAACAAAAAAAGAAGGCAAAAUGAGAAUCCGUGCCUUUCCGAUGACGAUGGACGAGAAAUACGUCGAGUCAAUUUGGAACCUACUGAAGAAUGCGAUCCAGGAGAUCCAGAAGAAGAACAACUCGGGUUUGUCGUUCGAGGAGUUGUACCGGAAUGCGUACACGAUGGUGUUGCACAAGCACGGCGAGCGCUUGUAUCUGGGUCUGAAGGAGGUCGUGACGCAGCAUCUGGAGGCGAAAGUGCGUCAAGACGUGCUUCGUUGCAUGCACAACAACUUUCUGCAAACACUGAAUCAGGCGUGGAACGACCACCAGACGUCGAUGGUGAUGAUCCGGGACAUCCUCAUGUACAUGGAUCGCGUCUACGUGCAACAGAACGACGUCGACAACGUCUACAAUCUCGGGCUGAUCAUCUUCCGGGACCAGGUGGUGCGUCACGGAUGCAUUCGCGACCAUCUGCGCACGACGCUGCUCAACAUGGUGAUGUGCGAACGGAAAGGCGAAGUGGUCGAUCACAUUGCCAUCAAGAAUGCAUGCCAGAUGUUGAUGGUGCUCGGCAUCAACAAUCGCUGGGUCUACGAGGAAGACUUCGAAAGACCCUUCCUCACACAAUCUGCCGCCUUCUACAAGAUGGAAUCGCAGAAAUUCCUCUCCGAGAACAGUGCGAGUGUCUACAUCAAACGCGUCGAGGCCCGCAUCACGGAGGAAGCGGAACGCGCCAAACUCUACUUGGACGAGAGCACGGAGCCGCACAUCGUGGAAGUCGUCGAGGACGAACUCAUCAAGAAACACAUGCGAACCAUCGUCGACAUGGAGAACUCGGGCGUCGUUUACAUGCUGAAGAACACGAAAACCGACGACUUGGCGUGCAUGUACAAGUUGUUCGCGCGCGUCAAAGACGGCCUCAAGACAAUUUCCGACUGCGUCUCGUCCUACUUGCGCGAACAGGGCAAACUGCUGGUCAAGGAGGAGGAAUCCGGCACGAAUCCCAUCACGUUCGUCCAGAAUCUGCUCGAUCUCAAGGAUCGCUUCGACUAUUUCCUCAAUCACUCCUUCGACAACGACAAAAUCUUCAAAAACAUGAUUUCAUCCGACUUCGAGCACUUUUUGAACUUGAACAGCAAGUCGCCCGAAUACUUGUCGCUCUUCAUCGACGACAAACUCAAAAAAGGAUGCAAAGGGAUGUCAGAACAGGAAAUCGAAGUUAUUCUCGACAAAACCAUGGUAUUAUUCCGAUAUCUGCUGGAAAAAGAUGUCUUUGAACGUUAUUACAAGGCACAUUUGGCGAAGCGGCUGCUCUUGAACAAAUCCGUGAGCGACGACUCCGAAAAGAACAUGAUUUCAAAGUUGAAGACUGAAUGCGGAUGCCAAUUCACGUCGAAGCUGGAAGGCAUGUUCAAAGAUAUGUCAGUGUCAAACACGAUAAUGGAAGAAUUUAAGAACCACGUGAACAACAACAAUUUAUCGUUGGCAGGCGUGGAUUUGUCUGUGAGAAUUUUAACGACAGGAUUUUGGCCAACUCAGUCUGCCACACCGAAUUGCAACAUACCAAAAGCUGCUCAAACGGCUUUUGGAGUCUUCAAGACAUUUUAUUUAGGAAAACACUCAGGUCGUCAAUUAACUUUGCAGCCACAACUUGGAACUGCAUUUAUCAACGCUGUAUUUUACGGAAGCAAAUCUGGCGCAAAUGUUGAUGCUGACGGAGCCUCGAGUUCGAAUGCCGUUGCUUCAAGUGGUCCAACAACCACGAGAAAACACGUUCUUCAAACGUCGACGUAUCAGAUGUGCAUCUUAAUGCUCUUCAACAACCGAGAUCGCAUGACAUACGAGGAAAUUGCCCAAGAAACCGACAUCCCGGAAAAAGAUCUUGUGAGAGCAUUACAAUCUCUAGCGAUGGGCAAACAACAACAAAGACUCCUGAUGCGAACACCCAAGACAAAAGACAUCGAACCGUCGAACGAGUUUUAUGUGAAUGACGCAUUUGUCUCAAAAUUCCACAAAGUCAAAAUUCAAACAGUCGCUGCCAAGGGUGAAUCCGAGCCCGAACGUCGUGAGACCCGAAACAAGGUCGACGAAGAUCGAAAACACGAAAUCGAAGCUGCUAUCGUGAGAAUUAUGAAGUCCCGCAAAAAGAUGACGCAUAAUCUGCUCGUGUCUGAUGUCACAACGCAACUCAAAAGCCGAUUCUUGCCGUCACCCGUCAUCAUCAAGAAACGCAUUGAGGGCUUGAUCGAACGUGAAUAUCUCGCUCGGACACCCGAGGAUCGCAAAGUUUAUGUAUAUUUGGCGUAAUUUAUGAAUUAUAGAUAAAAAUUUCGUCUCUAUUUAUAAAAAAAUCUUCCUUUUUCAUGUUCUUCGUUUCUGUAAAUUAUAUUAAACUAAGCAAUACGACUCGGUUUUGUUUGUUUUUUCUUUCACUUCGUCACUUGUGCGAUAAAAUUUAAUUAUUAUUUUAAUUUUUUUCACGUAU